AUGGCCGCCCCCCCGGUGCUGCUGCUGCCGCCGCCCCCCGCCGACGCCGCCGCCCGCCGGGUGCUGAUCGCCGCCCGCUUCGGGCCGGGGCCGCCGCCGCGGGCCCGCGCCCGGGGGCUGCAGGAGCUGCGCCGGGGGCUGGGGGCUCUCGAGUCCCACCUGGGCGGCCGCUCCUUCCUGGUGGGCGACGGCGUCACCCUGGCCGACGUCACCGUGGCCUGCGCCCUGCUGGCCCCCUUCACCCAGGUGCUGGACCCCCCCUCCCGCGCCCCCUUCCCGGGGGUCACCCGCUGGUUCCUGGGCUGUGUCCGGCUGCCCCAGUUCCGGGCGGAGCUGGGGGACGUGCGGCUCUGCGGGGGGGACCCCGAGACCCCCCCCGGGACCCCCCCCGGGACCCCCGGGACCCCCGAGCCCCCCGCCAAGAGCGCGGCGCAGCUGAAGAAGGAGGCGAAGAAACGGGAGAAGCUGGAGAAAUUCCAGCAGAAACAGGAGAAGAACCGGGAGCUGCAGGCUCAGGCCAAGGACAAGGCCAAGCCCAGCCGGGCCCGGCGGGAGCUGCAGGGGCUGCGCUACGAGACCCCCACCCCCCCCGGCUGCAAGAAGGACGUUGGGGGGCCGCUCCCCGAGAGCUACAGCCCCGCCUACGUGGAGGCGGCCUGGUACAGCUGGUGGGAGAAGGAGGGGUUCUUCCGGCCGGAGUGUGGGCGCUCCCUGGAGACCCCCAACCCCCGGGGGGUGUUCGUGAUGUGUCUCCCUCCCCCCAACGUCACCGGGACGCUGCACCUGGGCCACGCCCUGACCGUGGCCAUCCAGGACACGCUGACCCGCUGGCACAGGAUGAGGGGGCUGACCACGCUCUGGGCCCCGGGCUGUGACCACGCCGGAAUCGCCACCCAGGUGGUCGUGGAGCGGCGCCUGCUCCGCUCCCGAGGGGUCACUCGGCACCAGCUCGGCCGCGACGCCUUCCUGGGGGAGGUGUGGCGCUGGAAGGAGGAAGUGACCCUGUGGUCAUCCCAGAGUGACCUCUCCUGUGACCCCAGAAAAAUGAGCCGGGCGGUGACCGAGGCUUUCGUCAGGCUGCACGAGCAGGGCCUGAUCUACCGCAGCCGCCGCAUCGUGCACUGGAGCUGCGCCCUGCGCUCGGCCAUCUCCGACAUCGAGGUGGAGAAGCGGGAGCUGGGGGGCCGCACCCUGCUGCGGGUGCCGGGCUACGACGAGCCCGUGGAGUUCGGGGUCCUGGUGGCCUUCGCCUACCCCCUGGAGGGGGCUGGGGAGGGGGAGGACGCCGAGCUCGUGGUGGCCACGACGCGUCUGGAGACGAUGCUGGGGGACGAGGCCGUGGCCGUGCACCCCGAGGACCCCCGGUACCAGCACCUGCGGGGUCGCCACGUCCUGCACCCGUUCACGGGGCGGCGCCUGCCGGUUCUGCACGACGCCUUCGUGGACCCCCAGUUCGGCACCGGCGCCGUUAAGAUCACGCCCGCCCACGACGCCACCGACUUCGAGGUGGGGCAGCGGCACGGGCUGGGCGUGGCCACCGUCAUCGCCGAGGACGGCACCAUGGUCAACGUCCCCGCCCCCUUCCAGGGGAUGCCGCGGUUCAAGGCGCGCUCGCUGCUGCUGGAGACCCUCAAGGAGCGGGGGCUGUUCCGGGGGGUCAGCGAGAACCCCAUGGUGGUGCCCGUCUGCAGCCGCUCCAAGGACGUGCUGGAGCCGCGGGCGGUGCCGCAGUGGUUCGUGCGCUGCCAGGGCCUGGCCGGGGCUGCGGCGGCCGCCGUGCGCAGGGGGGACCUGAGGCUGCACCCGCCCGGCCACGCCCGCACCUGGUUCAGCUGGAUGGACAACAUCAGGGACUGGUGCAUCUCCCGGCAGCUCUGGUGGGGCCAUCGCAUCCCCGCCUACUUCGUCACCAUCAACGACCCCCAAGUGCCCCCCGGCCAGGACGAGGACGGGCGGUUCUGGGUCAGCGGCCGCUCCGAGGACGAGGCUCGGGCCAAAGCGGCCGCAGCCUUUGGGGUCCCCCCAGAACUGGUCAGCCUGAGGCAAGACGAGGACGUCCUGGACACCUGGUUCUCCUCCGGCCUCUUCCCCUUUUCCAUCUUCGGGUGGCCUGAGCAGACCCCCGACCUGGAGCGGUUCUACCCGGGGUCGCUGCUGGAGACCGGCCACGACAUCCUGUUCUUCUGGGUGGCACGGAUGGUGAUGCUGGGGCUGGCACUGACCGGGCGCCUGCCCUUCCGCGAGGGACCCCCCCCCACCCCACAGAGACGCGACUUCCCCGAGGGGAUCCCGGAGUGCGGGACGGACGCGCUGCGCUUCGCCCUCUGCGCCUACACGGCCCAGGGUGACCCCGAGGCGGCGCGGCUGACGCUGCUGACGUGUCUGGACGCGGGGCUGCGGCUCCUGGCGCCCUUCAUGCCCUUCCUGGCCGAGGAGCUCUGGCAGCGGCUGCCCCCCCGCGCCCCCCCCGCGCCCCCCAGCGUCUGC